AUGGCCAGGAGUCUGAAGUCAGAAGUCCAGAAACUUCAGCUGUGCUGCUUCAAAUGUAACCCGUACAAUGGCCAGGAGUCUGAAGUCAGAAGUCCAGAAACUUCAGCUGUGCUGGUGAUUAGACCUCUGUGUGGUCAGGUUGGACUCCUUGGAGUCAAUGUUCCCGGUCCUGCGGGGGUCGUGGUAUGCGGAGGCAAACAAGAGUAUGCCUUAACAGUGGACCAGAGGGUUCGGAAAAUGUCUGCGAAGGAGAGUCGUACAGAGCUAGAGCUUGUGAUGUUCCGCCUUGUCCAAAUCUGUUAUGAUUACUUUCUUUUCUCACCAGCCACUACGACAUCGUCAACCUCGGUUCCGCCCACCUCGCCUCCAACCGCACUGGAUUCAGCGUUUCGGUUUUUGAAGAGCAUUCCAGGGAACAAGUCCGUCGCGUUAAAUGAACUGGCCGUGUUGGAAUGUGACACUGAACCAGCCACGGGAAUUUCGUGGUUCUUCGGAAAGGUUCCAAUCAUUCAGACUUCCAGAAAACACAUUCUUCUACCGCAUGGGGUGCUCCUUAUUCCUGCCGUUGACGCGACCACAGUAGGGGAGUACACAUGUGUGGCGGAGUUAGACGGGGAGCGCCUGGAAUCUACGGGCUGGAUCACGUCUCCGGAUAUCAAACUGUGUAACCUAGAAAUAACUGAGGGGCCAACGAACGUCACAGUGGCCGUAGGAGAUCUUCAUACAUUUCCUUGUCUGGCAUCACCAGCGGGACAAGUCACGUGGUUCAAGAACAACCAAUCACUGCCAGCGGACGGCCGAAUCCAAGUUCUGGUGAAUGGAUACCUGUUGAUUCGAGGGAUAACCCACGAGGAUGCCGGAGAGUACAAAUGUGUUGCAACAGAUAGAUAUGAUUGCAGGGUGGAGGCAAAAGCCGUUCUUACAGUUUUUGCAAAUAUCAACGAAAUUUGCGGGAGUCCAGUAAUAGCCCAGCCCUGGUCAGCUACACCGGUGCAAAGGGGGUACAUCGUUGGAGGGAGAGAUGCUCGGAUAGGCAGCGCCCCCUGGCAAGUUAUGCUCUGGGAGGCGACUGCUCUAAAUUUCUGCGGUGGAGUCCUACUCAACGAGCUAUGGGUGGCAACAGCAGCUCACUGCUUUUACGAAUUCCAAACAAGGCACAGAAAAAGUUUGACGCCGAGUAAUUUGGUUUUGAAGUUAGGCAAACAUAGCCGUACCGGUAGAGAUCCUCACGAGAAGUCUUACUCCAUGCAGACGUAUUUUGUGCACGAACAAUUCGAGCGAAUUACUUUCGAUUUCGACAUAGCUUUGAUAAAGCUUUCGUCUCGAGUGGAGUUUACGGACUACAUCCGCCCAAUAUGCUUGUCCACUAUUGACAUGAUCCAGCCCAUGUUGGACGGAGAGGCACAGGGUUUUGGGACAAUCACGGGGUGGGGGCAACUGUCACAAGGCGGCAGGUAUCCCCUUUAUCUCAACGAAGUGCGCCUGCCGUUAGUUUCCCAUUCAGUCUGUGAAAGCACGAUGUCAUAUAUCAUUACGGAUAAUAUGUUUUGUGCGGGUUACGCCAGGGAAGUAGUGGGGGACGCCUGCGUCGGGGACAGUGGGGGACCACUGGUCUUUCGAAAUGGGACUCGCUGGUACCUAAUCGGGCUGGUCAGUUGGGGCGAAGGAUGCGCCGCUGAUGGAAAAUACGGCGUAUAUAGCAAAGUGGCCAAUUAUCGAGACUGGAUUGGUUUAAAAAUGCGGUCGAUACCAUAAAAUAUGACGGACAUGUUUUACAUUAUUUUUCAUCUCAUUUUUGUCGGAAAGAUACCAUGCAUGUUGCUCUUAUUACAAAUGAAAAUUUAGAUGAAGAUUUC